AUGGCCAGCGGCGUCAGCGAUGGCAGCGGGAAGAGCCUGACGCAUUGGCUGCGGGAGAACGGGUUCGACGACGACGCCGUGGCGCGCAUGUCCAGGCGGUGCAGGAACCUGCACAGCCUCGACGCCGGCGAGGCCUCGGGCGUCUGGGACUACCUCCUGACGUGCGUCAAUAUGGAGCGCCGGAAGCUGCGGCACGUGGUGGCCAAGUGCCCCAAGGUGCUGACCCUGUCCGUGGACGGCAAGCUCGUGCCCACGGUGCAGUGCCUCGCCACGCUGCAGGCCAGGCCCGGGGAGAUGGCGCAGGCCAUCGCCAAGUUCCCCCAGAUACUGUUCCACAGCGUCGAGGAGAAGCUCUGCCCGCUCCUCGCCUUCUUCCAGACGCUCGGCGUCUCCGAGAAGCAGCUCGCCAAACUGCUCAUGGUCAACCCGCGCCUCAUCAGCUACAGCAUCGAGGCCAAGUUCUCGCAGACCGUCGACUUCCUUGUCAGCCUCGGCAUCGACAAGGAAGGCAUGAUCGGCAAGAUCCUCACCAAGGAGCCGUAUAUCAUGGGGUACAGUGUCGACAAGCGGCUGCGUCCCACUGCCGAGUUCCUCAAGUUGGCAGUCGGGCUACAGGGGGCAGAUCUCAAAAGGGUGAUCAUGAGCUUCCCGGAUAUAUUGUCGCGAGAUGUGGAUAAGAUUCUGUGGCCCAAUUUAGCGUUCCUGCAGAGCUGUGGAUUCAGCAGGAAUCAGGUUACGGCAUUGGUAGCUGGAUACCCUCCUGUUCUCAUCAAGAGCAUCAAACAUUGCCUGGAGCCAAGGAUGAAGUUCCUGGUCGAGGAAAUGGGACGGGACAUGGGCGAGGUGGUAGAUUAUCCCCAGUUCUUUCGCCAUGGCCUCAAGAGGAGCCUGGAGUACCGUCACAAGGUGCUCAAGCAGAUGAACUCGAGUUGCAGUCUCAGCGAGAUGCUAGACUGUAACCAGAAGAAGUUUGCCAUGAAAUUCGGUUUGGUUACUGCAGUUUAG